AUGGCAUCGAGCGAGGAGGGACUUGCUGCCUCUCAGCUCAGGCUGGUGCGAGAGUUUGUGGCUCAGAACAACACAUCUCAAAUCAAACACGUGAUCCAGAUCCUGUCGCAGGAGUUUGCGCUCUCCCAGCACCCCCACAGCCGGAAAGGGGGACUCAUUGGCCUGGCUGCUUGCUCCAUCGCCCUGGGCAAGGACUCUGGGCUCUACCUGAAGGAGCUGAUUGAGCCGGUGCUGACGUGUUUCAAUGAUGCCGAUAGUCGGCUGCGGUACUACGCUUGCGAGGCUCUCUAUAACAUUGUCAAGGUGGCCAGGGGCUCCGUCCUCCCACACUUCAACGUGCUCUUUGACGGCCUCAGCAAGCUGGCUGCUGAUCCUGACCCGAACGUCAAAAGUGGCUCUGAGCUCCUCGAUCGGCUUCUGAAGGACAUCGUGACAGAGAGCAACCAGUUUGACUUGGUAGGCUUCAUCCCACUGCUGCGCGAGAGGAUUUACUCCAACAACCAGUAUGCCCGCCAGUUCAUCAUAUCCUGGAUCCUGGUCUUAGAGUCUGUGCCUGACAUCAACCUCUUGGAUUACCUGCCAGAAAUCCUGGAUGGGCUCUUCCAGAUCCUGGGAGACAACAGCAAAGAGAUACGGAAAAUGUGUGAGGUGGCUCUCGGGGAGUUCCUCAAGGAGAUCAAGAAGAACCCCUCCAGCGUCAAGUUUGCAGAAAUGGCCAAUAUCCUGGUGAUCCACUGCCAGGCAGCGGAUGACCUGAUCCAGCUGACAGCCAUGUGCUGGAUGAGGGAGUUCAUCCAGCUGGCUGGCCGGGUGAUGCUGCCUUACUCCUCAGGGAUCCUGACCGCUGUCCUGCCGUGUCUCUCCUAUGAUGAUCGCAAGAAGAACAUCAAGGAGGUGGCGAAUGUGUGCAACCAGAGCCUGAUGAAGCUGGUCAUCCCAGAGGACGAUGAAAUGGAUGAGGCCAAGCAGUCAAUGACCCUACUGGCAGAGCCUGCCUCAGAGGAGUCCCUCUCCAAGCCAGAGGCAGCAUCCAGCGGCUCUCUGGAUGCGUCCGGUGACUCCAACUUCAGCAACAGCAGUGUCUUCACAGUAACCAGCUCAGAGAGGAUCCAGGUGACCCUGAACCUGGAUGGAAUAGUGCAGGUGCUGGACUGCCACCUUCAUGACACAUCCAUUGGGAUGAUGACCAGAAUUGCAGUCCUGAAAUGGCUCUACCACUUGUACAUCAAGACUCCUCGUAAGAUGUUCCGACACACCGACAGCCUCUUCCCCAUCUUGCUGCGGACCCUCUCAGAUGAGUCGGAUGAGGUUAUCCUGAAGGACCUGGAAGUGCUGGCCGAGAUCGCUUCUUCUCCGGCAGGACAGACAGAGGGUCAUGGUCCCUCCGACAGCUCCGAUGUGCGACCUGGCCCGGUGGAGCUUCACGUCCCGGCCAGAGCCAGCCAGCUGAGCUCCUCCGGUAUGAAAAGCUUGGAGUGCUCACCCUCCACCCCCACCAUGAACUCCUACUUCUACAAGUUCAUGAUCAAUCUGCUCAAGCGCUUCAGCAGCGAACGGAAACUCCUGGAGACCAGAGGAGCCUUCAUCAUCAGGCAGCUUUGUCUACUUCUGAAUGCAGAAAACAUCUUCCACUCCAUGGCAGACAUACUGCUUCGGGAAGAGGACCUCAAGUUCGCCUCUACCAUGGUCCAUACCCUAAACACCAUCCUGCUGACCUCCUCCGAGCUCUUCCAGCUGAGGAACCAACUGAAGGACCUGAAGACCCCGGAAAGCCGUAACCUCUUCUGCUGCCUGUACCGGUCCUGGUGUCACAACCCUGUGACAACCGUGUCCCUCUGCUUCCUUACCCAGAACUACAAGCAUGCCUACGACCUCAUCCAGAAAUUUGGGGAUCUGGAGGUCACCGUGGAUUUCCUCACCGAGGUGGACAAGCUGGUGCAGCUCAUCGAGUGCCCCAUAUUCACAUAUCUCCGCCUGCAGCUGCUGGAUGUGAAGAACAACCCCUACCUGAUCAAGGCUCUCUAUGGCCUGCUGAUGCUGCUGCCCCAGAGCAGUGCCUUCCAGCUCCUCUCCCACCGCCUGCAGUGCGUGCCCAACCCUGAGCUCAUGCAGACAGCGGACAGCACCAAACCAAGCGCCAGCUUCAAGAGGACGACAGCCUCCAACAUCGACUACACAGAGCUGCUCCAGCACUUUGAGAAGGUCCAAAACAAGCACCUGGAAGCGCGGCACCAACGAGCCGGGCGGGCAGAGCAGCUGGACCGGCGGGUGGUCCUCUGA